AUGAUUACUAUAUCACUGAUAUGGGGACUGGUAGUUGCAUUGUGUUGCUUUUUCUGGCUUGUUGUUGGCAUCCGAAAAAGGUAUGGCGCUUUUUUUUCUGUGCUAGGCAAUUUGAUUUUAUAUUGGUUGACAUUGUACCUCGUAAAUAGUGUAAAAAUUAAUUAUUAUGGCUAUAUGUACAUUUGUUAUGAUCCAUGUAUAUGUAAUACAUUUUGAAUAAAUAUAUUUUACAAAAUUCACCAAAAUGCUUGUGAACGAAAUGUUUCCAAAGUAACUAUUGUUUUUACCAAGAGCUGUUUUUCCUGCCUUCUUUAAUUUACUAUUGAGUGCUAAUUUAAAAAAAAAAAAGAGAACUUCAACAAAAAAUGAAAAAACAAAACAAUUUUCGACUUUUGGUUUGAAUACUUUACCCAUACAUAUUGUAAAUGUUAUUUUGUUUGCUAUCUAGGGAACCAGGAGAGCCACCACUGGAAAAUGGGUUAAUCCCUUAUGUUGGAUGUGCUUUACAAUAUGGUGCUAAUCCUCUUGAAUUUCUCCGGUCAAGGGAAAAGAAACAUGGUCACAUUUUCACUUGCAAAAUUGCUGGGAACUUUAUUCAUUUUGUCACAGAUCCAUUCUCAUUCAGCUCAGUACUACGUUCAGGAAGACAUUACGAUUGGCAGAAAUUUCAUUAUGCAACCUCAGCCAAGGUAUGAAUUUGAGAUCUUCUUAAACUUGAAAUGAUGGACAGAUUAUUUUAUCGUAAUUAGUGACUACAAUAAAUGUAUAGUGAGGUUUGCUAAACAUAUUUAGUGUAAUUUACAUUAAUUGGCAUUCAUUCAUGAAAAUAUGUUAUGUGCUUUUCAGGUAUUUGGACACAGUAAUGUGGAUCCUAGUGAGAGUUCGGCAACUGAAGACAUGCAUGAAAAAUUUAUGCGGGCAAUGCAAGGUGAAGCCCUUGAACCUCUUGUCACAACCAUGAUGGAGACUCUUCAACACACUAUGUUGCAACACUACACAGCCAAAGCCACCAGCAAAGACUGGAUAAGUGAAGGCCUCUAUGGAUUCUGCUACCGCCUGAUGUUCGAAUCUAGUUACUUAAGUCUUUUUGGAAAAGAGUUGAAUUCUAAACAGGAUCCAAGUAAUGCAAGACAGGAAGCAGAAAAUGCACUCAUUCUCAAUGCCAUUGAAAACUUCAAAGAGUUUGACAAGAUAUUCCCUGCCCUAGUAGCUGGUAUCCCAAUUCACAUAUUCAAAAAUGCCCACAGUGCUAGAGAGAAACUUGCCAAAGACCUGCUGCAUGACAAACUGAAAAAGAGGGACAAUAUCUCAGAGAUUGUAUCACUAAGGAUGUUCUUAAAUGAUUGUAUCACACAUUUAAAUGACAAUGACAAAUCAAAGAUACAAUUGGCUCUCCUAUGGGCUUCUCUAGCAAACACAUUACCUGCUACGUUUUGGACUGUAUUCCAUCUUCUCAGGUAAAAACAAACAAGCAAAGAAGCCAAAGAUAACAUUAUAUUGUGAAGUGUUGUGUUUUGCUAGUCUAUCAGGCUGCUCAAACUUUAUUAUUUCAAAAUGUGCACCUGGACAAAACGAAAGUAUGUACAAAGCUAUCUUAUUUAGUAUGGGCAUCAUUUUUGGGAAAUGUAACUAUAUUUUGUGCUACCUGCAAUAGAACUGAGAAUAAUAGACUGAAAAAAUGCUAUUUUAUUUAAAAGAUUUGUUUAUUAUAUCUGUUUGAUUUUUUUUUUUUUUUAUAGGUGCCCAAAAGCAUUGAAAGCUGCUAGUGAUGAAGUCCAUCGCACCUUAGAGAAAGCUUCACAGAAACCCAGCCUUGAUGGAAAAUUAAUUACUCUCUCCCUUCAACACCUUGAUGAUAUGCCUGUUCUAGGUAAGUGUGAGAAGUAGACUAUUAAAAAAAAUCUAGAUGUGUAUUUUAAUAUGUCUGAAAACUAUUUUACCAAAAACUGGUUCUUUUCAGAAACACAGAACCUAUUGCAGAAAUGUAACAUUGUUUAGACAUUAAAUGGAACUCAUUCAACAAAACCAGUUAUUUGGCAAUAUUUGCUAAACACAUUCUUGAUUCAAAACGACUUUAAAAAAAAAAAUAUUUAGUAUUUUUGUAGUGCAUGAGAAAAUUACAACAAGCCUGAGGUACCCCAACGGCAAUCCUCAGGCUUAUGAACAUGCUUUACAUUUGGGGUAAACUGAGUAAUAUGCACAAUUUUAUAUUUUAAACAGGCUAAUAAUAUGGUACAUGCUAGGUACAUAGAUUAAUUACUCAAGCAAGAAAAACACAGUACUAGUGCUGGCUCAUAGAAGGUGUACAGGCUAGGGUUGAGACUUAGGUGCUGGUUGCAUAGACAGAGUGAGAGUAGGGGCACUAUGCCUAUGAUUAGUAGUGAGUUACUUUAGCGUAGCAUGUUAAACAUUAGUCAAUGCGCAAGCUAAGCGUGCUGAGUGAGAUCAGCUAAACAUAUGAAAGCACAGUACAAAGCUAAGGUGAUCAGGUGGGCGUCCUCCCUGCAUAAGUAGCCAUGUCUUGUCAUCUGGGGUUUAAAGCUAGUUGGUAACUGUAGAGGAGAUAAAAUCAAAUAGACAUCAAUUGUCUUUCCUCUACAGCUGGCACUGGAUGUUGACGGGGAAGUCUUGCCAGGAGUUCUGUGCCUGAAAUAGUGUCCACAGCAACGUGCCAAGAUCAGCCAAUGCCCUGUUGGGGUAGUGGAGAUCCCUUUAUUGAGAGAAAGGCCGGUGGUGUGAGUCCCAUUUAUAGUUGUCUACUGGGCGCUCAUGUGGGUGCUAGGCAACACUGCAGGGUGGAAUGCUGAUUCCUCAGAGACCUCAUGUCAGGUUGUGGUGGGUGGCUCAGGCUUGAUCAUCAUCAGCAUAUUCUUGCGUUGGGAGACUGCUGCUGCCGGGUGCGGACAUACCGCUUUGCAUGCUGCGGGUAGGUGCCGAUCUUGCGGCGCCAUUUUCAGGUUUGCUUGUUGUGGUGAAGAGUGUCUCUGGGUUGGUAGUGCGUGUGCAUCAUCAAGAAGUAGUGCUUCCUUCGGGGGUAAGUGGGUGUUUGCUGCAUCCUACGGUCCACUUUCUCCCUGAAGGCUGCGACUAUGGCUUCCUGCCGUGUCCGAAAGUCUAGCCCUUUUGUGUAUCGGUUGUCAGAUGCCGCCAUUUGGGGGUUAGCCUGUUGCUGCCCGGGGUGCCAUCCCACCACCUGGAUUAACCCCCUGGGACCGGCAUAACCCCCACCGGUCCUGUAGUCAGGAUUGCUGCUAUUGAUGGCAGCCGGGGAGCGUCCAUCUCCCCCGUGCCGCCCAUGACGGUAGGCCGUGGCUGUCGCUUAGGUGAGUCUUGCAGGCUUUGUUGCUUGUUUGGUGUCGGCGUGUGCUCCAUGGUGUCAUCGCUCAGUUGGUGGCCCAUUUAAGUCGUUUGAAGGUUGUUUUAUGUCUGUUAACCAGUCGAGUUUGCCUUAGCGAGCAGGAGCUGCUUUACCCUGCGUGCUCUCAACUCGGCGGUCAGGCCCCAUUUCCCUUUUUAUUUAAUUUUUUGUUGUUGUUUUGUUUGUUUUUGUUACGUUUAAAAAUUGUAAUUCCGGAGGGACUAUUGUAAGUAUAAUAGAUAUCCUUUGAGGAAAUGAAAGGAAAGGUUUAACCAGCACUUCUAUAAAUCAUCUCAGUCAUUUAUGGCUACGUAAAUUUUUUGUACAUAAGUGAGAAGAUCCCAUUGAGGAUAUAUUGAGGAUGAGAGCAGUGGAAGACAUUUAGGAAUCACAGAGUGGUAAUGAAAAUUCCAGAGGUGACACCUCAAUAGAAAAGUCUCAUGAAUUUAAAGCUACUUAAAAUUUUACCAACAUGGUUUACGUUGGUUGUGAAGGUAUCAACUAGGCAUGAUUUACAUGCUACUUCUGUAGAGUCUUACUGAAUAAGAUAUAAUGCAUAUAUUGACAUAUUAUAUCAAAUAAUCUACUGAGAUUUCCUUUUAGGUUUAUUGUUGUUUUUUGGGCUUCAGUUAUAUCAUGCCACAGUAUACCGUUAUGGAAUGAUGCUAGGGCAGGGCUGACAGGGUCUGGAGCCUUGAGUGGGGCCCUAAAAAGCCUUCCUCUAAAUCUGGCACCAUUUCAUGGUUAGCCUUGAGUCCCUGUAAUACUGAGUAAGAAAUAACACCUCUCAUUACAGAAUUAAAGGAACACUAUAGUCACCUAAAUUACUUUAGCUAAAUAAAGCAGUUUUAGUGUAUAGAUCAUUCCCCUGCAAUUUCACUGCUCAAUUUCACUGUCAUUUAGGAGUUAAAUCACUUUGUUUCUGUUUAUGCAGCCCUAGCCACACCUCCCCUGGAUAUGAUUGACAGAGCCUGCAUAAAAAAAAAAAUGGUUUCAUUUUCAAACAGAUGUAAUUUACCUUAAAUAAUUGUAUCUCAAUCUCUAAAUUGAACUUUAAUCACAUACAGGAGGCUCUUGCAGGGUCUAGCAAGCUAUUAACAUAGCAGGGGAUAAGAAAAUUUGAUUUAAACAGAACUUGCAAUAAAGUAAGCCUAAAUAGGGCUCUCUUUACAUGAAGUGUUAAUGGAAGGGUGUGCAAGUCACAUGCAGGGAGGUGUGACUAGGGUUCAUAAACAAAGGGAUUUAACUCCUAAAUGGUAGAGGAUUGAGCAGUAAGGCUGCAGGGGCAUGUUUUAUACACCAAAACUGCUUCAUUAAGCUAAAGUUGUUCAGGUGACAUAGUGUGCCUUUAAUGACAGUGCCACGUUGAUUCACCAUAUUUAUAGUAUAGUGUGGGGGUACUAAACAUAGUUUAGAGCACUGUGGCUUGAGGAACACAACAGUGUGAAGUUAAAAUAUAGGUUUAUUUCUUACUCCUAAUUUAUUCAGAAAAUUGGUGUCAAUAUGUUAAAGAACAUGUUAGGAUUUAGGGUUCGACAUAGGGAAAUGCCAUAGGGUGGUGUUUUCAGAAGAGUUUCAGUCAAUAAAUAAGAAAGGAGCCAUAACAGGUAAUCUUGAGUUAAAGCCCCUGGUCUGUUUGCCACAUAGAAACGUUGCAAGUACUACAUAUGAAACAAUUAAAGGAUUUGGUGUUUUGCUAGCAUGCUUAUUUUUAAACGAUAUGUUUGUACAUAGUACGGAACCCUACAAAUACAGUACUGUAAACAAAUUUUAAAGAAUAUGAUCCAAUAUAUAACACUUAUUGUAGAUGGAAGGAAAUAUAAUAUGGAUUGACCAAUUAAACAACUAGUCAAUAUAAUGUGUUUAUUCAUACAGACAGCAUCAUUAAAGAAUCCAUGAGGCUAUCUAGUGCAUCACUCAAUAUCAGAGUUACCAAGGAAAACUUCACUCUGCAACUUGACAAAAAUGAUUGUUACAAGAUCCGGAAAGAUGAUAUUGUAGCAUUUUAUCCACAGAUGGUACAUUUGGAUCCAGACGUUUAUGAAGACCCUCUCGUAUGUAAUAUCAGUUUUUCUCUCUUGUUUUUUGUCUAAUUUCCUAUUCAAUUAUAAUUAUAAUAUAUUAAGAUACCACUGAUCUUGGCACAUUUUUAUUUCAUUUAUUACUAACUCUUGCAUGUAAUGUAAGCAACAUUUCUAGUGAGCACUACAUUUAUAUGCACGUUUUUCUGCUUUAUUUUCCAGACUUUCAAAUAUGAUCGUUACAUUGAUGAAAAUUUAAAAGAAAAGACUGACUUUCAACUGAAUGGAAGAAAAUUAAAAUAUUAUUAUUUGCCAUUUGGAACUGGGAAAACUAAGUGCCCAGGCAGACAUUUGGCUGUGUAUGAGAUUAAGGAAUUUGUUUCUCUAUUGAUUGCUUACUUUGAUAUUGAACUUGUUGACAAAAAUGGAAAAAUUCCACCAUUAGAUCAAUCUCGCGCAGGGCUCGGGAUUUUACAGCCAACGCAUGAUGCUGAUUUCAAGUAUAAGUUAAAAGCUCAAUAA